AUGGGUGGCCAUACAUUCCCCGUCGAUCUCAAGCAGUUUAAGCAGCUUAGACUGGAUCCCAAGACUUCGAAGCUGUCCGCCGAACAGAAGAGCGAUCUGUUACACAAUAUCAAUAUCUUCAGAGAUGCUAUCAUUGCAUUCACAGCAACCGGUGCGGCCCGUGGUGUAUCAGGCCACACUGGAGGCCCGUUCGAUACUGCCCCCGAAGUAUGUAUCCUGCUCGCUAUCAUGAAGGCCAACCCCAACAGAUGGGUCGAUGCUAUGUACGAUGAAGCCGGUCACCGAGUCGCCACACAAUACCUGUUGGCUGCACUAGACGGAGAAAUUGAGCCCGAUCACCUAUUAAAUUACCGUGCCGCCGACUCCCACCUUCCAGGCCACCCUGAGCUUGGCUUCACACCUGGCGUUAAGUUCAGCUCUGGCCGUCUCGGUCACAUGUGGGGCAUGGUCAAUGGUAUUGCCAUGGCCAACAGACAUAAGAAUGUUGUCUUAUUAGGAUCCGAUGGAUCUCAGCAAGAAGGAAAUGACGCCGAGGCUGCGCGGAUCGCUGUCGCCAACAAGCUGAACGUCAAGCUCUUCGUCGAUAACAACGAUGUUACAAUCACCGGACAUCCCUCGGAAUAUCUCGGUGGAUAUGAGGUUGCCCGUACACUCGAUGGACAUGGCCUGAAGGUCGUUCACGCUGAGGGUGAGAAUGUCGACUCCCUAUACGGAGCUAUGUGCGAAGUUAUCAACUAUGAUGGCCCUGCCGCUGUUGUGGUGGACCGCAGAAUGGCCGCUGGCAUUGAGGGAAUUGAGGGCGAGUGCCAUGCGCACGAUGUCAUUGCCGUGGAUAUUGCUCGCAAAUAUCUCACCAAACGUGGAUAUAGUGAGAAGCAGCUUGCUUUCUACGAUGAGAUCAAGCCUCGCUCAAACCCCCACACAUACAAGGGAUCGACCAAGGAGAAGGGCGCGAACCGCACUAUUUUCGGUGAUGCUGUGAACGGCAUCCUUGAUAAAUUGAGCAAGGAGGAGGCUAAGCGUCGCGUUAUGGUCAUCGACUCCGACUUGGCAGGUUCUACUGGCCUCAAGGCUAUCGGUGCCAAGCACCCUGAGUCAUUUGUAGCAUCUGGUGUCAUGGAGCGCGGCAAUUUCUCCGCUGCUGCUGGUUUCGGAUUUGGUAGCAACGGGGAGCGCCAAGGUAUAUUCUCUACCUUCUCUGUCUUUCUAGAGAUGUGUGUGUCCGAGAUCACCAUGGCCCGGUUGAACGACUGCACCGUUUUGUCGCACUUCUCUCACAGUGGUGUCGAUGAGAUGGCCGACAAUACCUGCCACUUCGGUCUGAACCAUUUCUUCGCUGAUAACGGGCUAAUGAAUGCCGCAAGCACUGCGUUGUACUUCCCUGCCGAUGGUGAGCAGAUGAAGGCCGUCGUCAACAAGGUUUUCUGGGACAAGGGCAUGCGCUUCAUCUUCUCCACUCGUUCCAAGCUCCCCUACAUCUUGAAGGAGGGUACCGACCAGAAGCUCUUCGGCGAGGGCUAUAAGUUCGUUCCUGGCAAGGAAGAAAUCAUUCGCAAGGGCUCCGCCGGCUAUAUCGUUUCGUACGGUGACAUGCUAUACCGCUCGCUUGAUGCCGUCGAAAACCUGCGCACAGAGGGUCUUGAUGUCGGCCUGAUUAACAAGCCCACCCUCAAUGUGGUUGAUGAGGAGACUAUCAAGAUCUAUGGCUCUUCGCCAUUCGUUUUGGUCGUCGAGUCAAUUGCGCAGAAGACUGGUCUCGGCUCUCGCAUUGGUACCCACCUCCUCGAGCGCAGCUUUACACCCAAGUUCAAGUCGAUUGGUGCUAUCAAGGAGGGCUGCGGCGGCCUGUACGAGCAAGUGAAUGCUCAAGGCCUUGGACCAAGCGAUAUUAUCGCUGCGGUGAAGGAGGUUUCUGGAAGAUAA